GAGGGAAAGGAGGAGGGAACUAGAGGAGGAGGAGGAGGUUAGCUGAGGCAGCGGCGGCGGCAGCGGCGGCGGCGCAGGGGCUGGGUACGCGCUGGGCGGCGAGAGCCUCAUGGCGGAGGAAGAGAGCGAUCAAGAGGCCGAACGCCUCGGAGAAGAGCUCGUGGCCAUUGUGGAGUCCCCCCCGGGCCCAGUGGGGCUCAUAGCUGCGGGCGACGGCAGAGGGGGAGCCGGCGGCAGCGGCUGUGGCGGCGGCGUCGGGAUCAGCAGCCGGGAUUACUGCCGACGCUUCUGUCAGGUGGUUGAAGAUUACGCUGGGCGUUGGCAGGUCCCUUUGCCCCAGCUUCAGGUUCUUCAGACUGCACUUUGCUGUUUCACGUCAGCCAGCACGUCGUUCCCAGAUGACUGUGAGCACGUACAGUAUGUUUUGAGUAGUCUCGCUGUGAGUUUCUUUGAGUUGCUCCUGUUCUUUGGAAGAGAUGAGUUUUAUGAAGAACCCUUAAAGGAUAUUCUUGGCUCAUUCCAGGAAUGCCAGAACCACCUCCGUAGAUAUGGAAAUGUGAAUCUGGAACUGGUGACUCGAAUCAUUAAAGAUGGUGGCCCCUGGGAAGAUCCAGUGUUGCAAGCUGUUCUUAAAGCCCAGCCAGCAUCCCAGGAGACAGUGAACAAAUACUUAAGUUCUGAAAAUCCACUGUUCUUUGAACUACGUGCCAGAUACCUAAUUGCCUGUGAACGCAUACCCGAAGCAAUGGCUCUUAUUAAAUCUUGUAUAAAUCACCCUGAAAUCAGUAAAGACUUGUACUUCCAUCAAGCACUCUUCACCUGUCUGUUCAUGUCACCUGUAGAAGAUCAGCUAUUCCGUGAGCAUUUGUUGAAAACUGAUUGUAAGAGUGGAAUUGAUAUCAUCUGUAACACUGAAAAAGAAGGCAAGACUUUGCUAGCCUUACAACUCUGUGAAUCCUUUCUUAUUCCACAGCUCCAGAAUGGGGACAUGUACUACAUAUGGGAGUUGAUUUUCCUAUGGAGUAAACUACAGCUUAAAUCUAAUCCUUCAAAACAAGUGUUUGUAGAUCAAUGUUACCAACUUUUAAGAACAGCAACUAAUGUGAGAGUCAUAUUUCCUUUUAUGAAAAUCAUUAAAGAUGAGGUUGAAGAAGAAGGCCUACAAAUUUGUGUUGAGAUAUGUGGAUGUGCUCUCCAGCUUGAUCUCCAUGAUGAUCCUGAAACUAAAUGUCUAAUUUAUAAAACAAUUGCACAUUUUUUGCCAAAUGAUCUAGAGAUUGUCAGGGUUUGUGCUCUCUCAGUAUUUUUUCUUGAGCGUUCCUUAGAUGCCUACCACACCGUUGAAGAGCUUUACAGACGUCCGGAUGAAGAGUACAGUGAAGGCAUGAGUUCCGUUCAGAAUCGUGUUCGCUUUGAAUUACUUCCAAUUUUAAAAAAGGGAUUGUUUUUUGAUCCUGAGUUUUGGAACUUCGUAAUGAUUAAGAAAAACUGUGUGGCAUUACUGCGUGAUAAAUCAGCAGUGAAACUUCUAAAUGAAAAUACACUGGAAAAUUCUGCAGGUAGUCUAAAAAAGAGAGGGGAACAGCAGAGUGUGGAAGAAGGGCUUGACACACUCACAGAUCACAGCACUGGAGAGACUGAUCCUGAUGAUGCAUCUGUAGUGCAGCCUAAAGGGCAGGUUAAUGCGAAGAGAAGCCACUCUGCUCUUAACACUUCCAAAGUGGAUCACAGUGUCCCAAGGCAUCGGUGCAUGUUAUGCAACAAGGAAUUUCUUGGUGGCCACAUUGUAAGGCAUGCUCAGGCUCAUCAGAAAAAAGGCAGUUUUUCAUGUGUGAUAUGUGGUAGGAAAUUUAGGAAUAGAGGACUUAUGCAGAAGCAUUUAAAAAAUCAUGUUAAGAAGAUUCAGAGACAGCAGAUUGCUACUGCACAACAGGAUGAUCCAGAAGUCAUCACUUUGGAAGAAAUAAAUGGUUCCAAAUCUUUAAUUUCCUUUGAAAAUGGGAAUUCAAAUACUAAGGGCUUAGAAAUACAGACAUUGACUGCUUCCAGUGAGAGAAACAUUCGUGAACACAUGGCUGAGUUCAUUAAAAUUCCCAUUGGUAUACCAGAGAAUGCUAUGGAAAACAUUAUUGAAAAUGGCAAAUCAGACACUUCUUUCAGUAAUAUCUCAGAGUCUUUACCUCAGUGCGAUGAUGACUAUGAGGAGGAAGAGAAUGAAGAUGAUUAUGAAGAUGAUUAUGAUCUGAAUCAAGAAACAUCAGUACUUCAUAAAAUCAAUGGAACUGUGUGCCAUCCAAAAGAUGUAUAUGCUACAGACCAAGAAGGCAACUUCAAGUGUCCUGCUCUUGGCUGUGUAAGGAUAUUUAAAAGAAUUGGGUUUCUAAAUAUGCAUGCAAGGACUGUGCAUCCUACUGAUUUAAAUGUGCGGCAAACUGUAAUGAAGUGGAGCAAAGGAAAAUGCAAAUUUUGCCAAAGGCAGUUUGAGGAUUCUCAACAUUUUAUAGAUCACCUUAAUAGACACAGUUAUCCAAAUGUGUACUUUUGUUUGCAUUUCAAUUGCAAUGAGUCAUUUAAGCUGCCAUUCCAGCUUGCCCAGCAUACAAAAAGUCACAGGAUAUUUCAAGCUCAGUGUAGCUUCCCAGAAUGCCAUGAGCUUUUUGAAGAUCUUCCUCUGUUAUAUGAACAUGAAGCCCAGCAUUACUUAAGCAAAACACCAGAAUCAUCUGCACAACUGAGUGAAGUGGUUCCUAACCAUCAAGAAAUAGAUCCAUUUAGUAAUGAGAACCAAACGAUUCAUCAUCCAGUUUCUACUAGUAAAUCAAGGAAAUAUUCUACAGAACCAAAGACAUGUAUAGACACUAUGGAAAAGAAAACAGACAGUUUAGUUCAGAAUGGAAUUGAACAUUCUGAUGGUACUGUUUCAAAUAUAAGCUUGAUAGACCAAAAGAUGCCUGCCAUAGAGCCAAAUCCUGAAAAUACUCAUAGUACCACUGACUUAGUCAAUGGACACAGUGAAAUAGAGCAAACACCAUUAGUUACAUCAGAUCCUACUCUGAAAGUAGAUAUAAACAGAAACAGGACAGAAAAUGGUUCUAUUUUACCCACUGUUGAAUCACAAGAACACAGUGCCCUGUCAGUAUCUCAGGCACCAUCCAAACCAAAUCUUACAAGUGAACAUACUUCAUAUGGCUUAAUUUUAACAAAGCCAUUUGUUAGACCUUUGCCUCCCAGUUACCUUGAUGAACGAUACCUUAGUAUGCCAAAACGCAGAAAAUUUCUGACUGAUAUUGUAGAUGCCUGUUCUGAUCAAGAUACCAUGUAUAAAAAACCAGUGAAAAGAUUAAGAUGUGGCAAAUGCCUGACCACCUACUGUACUGCAGAAGCACUUGAGGCUCACCUUGCACAAAAGAAAUGUCAGACACUCUUUGGAUUUGAUUCAGAUGAUGAAAGUGCCUGAUAAUGUCUCAGAACGAUCUGUUGAUUAUGCAGUAGUGUUUAAAAAAGCACUACAAGAAAAUGCAUCAUCAGCUUGCUAUUUCCCUGAUGGCCUUAAUUUUAGAGUGGUCUCGGAUUACUAAAGAAAAGACAAAGCACAUUUUCUGGAAUGAACUUGCAGAGAAGAUGUGCCGGCUUAGACUCCAAAAGGGUUAUAAAAUUCCCAAAGUACCAGUUAUCCAUGAAACCACACUUUUAAAAAGUUUAUGGUGAUUAAUUGCAGCAUGUUCAGUUUUGUUUUAUGUGAAAACACAUUUGGGUAACUAGUCAGAAAUACAAACCAGCUAUGGCCUUACUGAAGAAAGGAAAAAGUUUCGAGGGGAGCUGGUUUACAAUAAACAUGUAAAACAUUCUGGAAAUGGAAUUUGUUUUCUUGUCAUGCAUAUUCAUUAUGUCUUCCCUUCAGGUCAAACAUUUUAAAGAAUCAUUCAUUGCUCUUUUUAGUUUGUGAUAUAAUUUAGAAGCUGAUACAUAGAAAUAAAGCUUGAUUUAUCAUCAUGCUGUCUACAAAAGAUUGUAACUUGUUUUAGGUGAUUAAGUAGACAGGUCAAAGUUCAGUGAAUGGCAUGCCACCAUUGAAAAAUUAAAAACAAAACAAAAACAAUGCUUAGCUAAUAAUAAGCUCUUGAUAAGAACCUUCAACACCCCACUUUUGUAAAGUCAGUUAUUUAAAGACUAAGUAGAAAAGUAAGGAAAGUACCAUCAGAUACUUCUGUGGGGUGUGAGAAGAAUCUAAGACCAUCAUAUGCUAGAUAGUUGAAGGAAAACACUGAAUUGAAAAAAUCUUCAAUGUGAAUAAUGGUAAAAGCACACUGGGAUAUUUCUGUCUGUACAUAGUAGGACAUUGCUGGAUGACUCAGUGAAAUCCUUUACACAUAGUAUGAGUUAUCUAAGUAUGGUCCUAUGAAAAUAAUUGGCUUAAAAGUAUGUCAGUUAAUAAUCAGAUCAAGAGUUCAUUUUAUUCAGUUAGAAGAAUUAAUUCAAGAUUAAGCCAUACUAAUAUACUUUCUUCAUUAGUGAUGAAUUUGGCCUGCAUAGUAAUUUUUAUAUUUAAGGAAGUAUUUACAUAAAAAUUUGCACAACAAGAAUACAAUAACAUUAAUGCAUUAUUGUCCUUGGUGACCAUUGAUUUUCCUAAGGAAGAUUUUAACUUAUUAAAUUAUUAAAUCAAAUAUUUUACAGUUUUAAAAAAAAAUCCUCUAGCUAUUUCCCACCUGUCUGUUAUGAAAAGGAAAAUACUUAAAUAUCUCCUUUACCUAAUAGUAUAUAAGUCUGAACAAGAUAAAGACAUACAAACACAAAAGUGAAUUCUUUAGACACACUAGUAUGCCAUGUGUCAACUAAAUGUUCCAGCUACUCCAGCAUGGUUCUGUGUAAAUUAGACAAUUUCAUCAUACUACAAAUUUUAGGAACAUUAUUGAGGUUAGGAAAAUAGGACAUUACUUUCAGGGUGGCAUUCAGACUUUUAAAAACUAUGUUUUCCAAUAAUACUCUAUCAGAGUAUUUAUUUUCUUAUUAUUUACCAUGGGAAUUUGUAACUAUGCAGUGAUGGUCACUAGUCCAUUCCGAUCAAAUCGAAGUUUGUUUUAGUUUUGUUAUGUAGCCUACAUUAGGCUGUGGAAUUUACAUGCAGGUAAUAGAUAAGUACAGCUCAUAUGUUUUAAAUCUUUUAAGUUCAACUCAAAGUGUUUUCCAUAUUUCCUGACACUAAAAAUGUAAUAAUUGACUUUUAUUUUAGUUCAUAUUAAAAGUACAUCUUGUAAUAAAAAUCCUGUUUGGAAACUG